AUGUCUGAUGAUGAAGUGAUUCGUUUUGAAAUUACUGAUUACGAUUUAGAUAAUGAAUUCAACCCAAAUAGAAAUCGCAAAGCUAAGAAGGAGCAGCAAAUUUAUGGUGUCUGGGCAAAAGACAGUGAUGAGGAGGACAAUGAAGAUAAUGUUAGGAAAAGAACUCGAAAACAGAAAGAUUUCACAGCACCUAUUGGUUUUGUGGCUGGUGGGGUGCAGCAGGCAGGCAAAAAGAAAGAAGCCAAUAAAGAAAUGCAAUCAACGGAAGCAUCCACAUCAAGGCUGAAAAUUGCUGAUAGUUCUGAAGAAGAGGAUGCAAAUGAUGAACCAUUAACAACAGACACAGCUGGUAUUAGAAAACUGGGGCAAGGAAUGCGGCCGCCAAACCUUGGCGGCAGUGUUGGUGCUUGGGAGAAGCACACUAAGGGAAUUGGUGCAAAGCUCUUGUUACAGAUGGGUUACCAGCCUGGUAAAGGUCUGGGUAAAGAUCUUCAGGGUAUAUCUGCACCAGUAGAAGCGACAGUACGAAAAGGAAGAGGUGCUAUUGGAGCGUAUGGACCAGAAAAGGCAGCGUUAAAAGCCAAAAAAGAAGAGGAGCGGCGCCUUAAAGAGAAAGAGGAGCAAGAGAAGGGUCAAUCAUCAGAGAAGACAUACAACUGGAAGAAAUCCCACAAAGGGCGCUAUUUCUACCGCGACGCGGAUGACGUCAUACAAGAGGGUAAACCCACGAUGCAUACUAUUGGAAGCAGCGAGCUGGCCAGGGUGCCAGUGAUCGACAUGACCGGCAAGCAGAGACGGGUGCUCAGCGGAUACCACGCAUUGAGGGCGGCCGCGCCCCGCUAUGAGCACGAGCCUAGGAGGCAGCUGCAGCACUUCUCCGCCCCUCAGCUGACCCACAACUUGCAGCUGGUCGUGGACUGCUGCGAACAGGACAUCAUACAAAACGCCCGCGAGCUGCAAACAGCCGAAGACGAGAUCGUUGUCCUGGAAAGGGACCUUGAGGAGUGCAACAAGAAGCUAAGGGAGCAGGACGAGGUGUUGGCCAAGGUCGAGUCUAUUAUGGAACGCGUAGAGGAGCUGAACAAACCAGACGUCUCUUUGGAGGCGUCGUAUGAAGUCCUCGACGAUUUAAAGGAGUCGUACCCGCUGGAAUAUGAAAUGUUCGGUCUCGGCACGAUCGGCGGGAACAUCGUCAGCCCCCUGCUCAGCGCUUUGCUGGCAAAGUGGGAGCCGCUGCACGCGCCCGAGGAGCCCGUACCGACCUUCCUGAAGUGGAAAAAGCUGCUCACCGAGGAGGCCUACAACAGCCUGCUGUGGCAACACUUCGUUCCACGCGUCACGUCCGCUGCGGAGGCGUGGGAGCCGCGCGCGCCCGGCGCCAUGCUGCGCGUGUUCGGCGCGUGGGCGGAGGCGUGCCCCGGCUGGCUGCUGCAGCAGAGCGCCGCGCGCGCCGUGCUGCCGCGGCUGCUGGGCGCCCUGCGCGCGUGGGACCCCACGGGCGACACGCUGCCGCUGCACAGCUGGGUGCUGCCCUGGCACGAGCUGGCGGGUGCGUAUGCCCCUGGCCGCCGGGUGGGGAUGGAAUGGUGCUCGCCUGCAGCGCCAGAAGAUGGCACGAGGAAAAGCUCCCAGUGGCCGGCGACUGCUAAAAGCGGUUCCGCAUGUCGCGUGUCUCGUGUCAGCCGCGCGCCACUACUGAGAGCUGUGGCGUGUCGCGUGUCGCAUAUCUCAUGCGCGUCGCGUGCCCGCCAAGCUAUGUGUCGGUGGCUACUAAGAGCGCCUCCGCAUGUCAGCCACGCGUGGCUGCUAAGCGCUGUGGGGUGUCGCGUGUCGCAUGUCACACGUGUCGCGUGCCCGCGAAGCCAUGAGUAUCAGGAGUUCAGUGGCCGGCGGCUGCGUAGCCGUGUGCAUGAACAGCUCCCAGCGCUGACGCAUGUCGCGUGUCACGUGCCAGUCGCGCGCCACUGCGGAGAGUCGUGGCGUUUCGCGUGUCUCAAGUGUCGCGUGUCUCACGUGUCGCGUGUCGCAGGCUCCGCGCUGUCGGCGAGCGCGUACCCGCUGAUCCGGUCGCGGCUCGCGGCCGCGCUGUCGGCGUGGCACCCGGCCGACGGCUCCGCGCACGUGCUGCUGGCCGCGUGGCGAGGCGCCUGGGGGCCCGCGCUGCGCCCGCUGCUGCACCACCACGUGCUGCCCAAGCUCGAGCACUGCCUGCAGCACGCGCCCGUCGAGCUGCUCGGCAGGGAGAACGCCGUGGGGCCGCCCGCGUGCACCGCCCCGUGGCUGUGGUGCGUGCAGUGGGUGGACCUGAUCGGCGCGCCGAGCAUCGCGGCACUGGCGGCUCGAGCGCUGCUGCCCCGCUGGCUCGGCGCUCUGGCCGCCUGGCUCAACACGGCGCCGCCGCACGCCGCCGUGCUCGCCUCCUACAGCGAGUUCAAGAAGACCUUCCCCGAGGAGGUGCUUCGGGAGCCGGCGGUGCGGGACGCGUUCCGCAAGGCGCUGGACAUGAUGAACCGCAGCACGGACCUGGAGGCCGUGGAGCCGCCGCCGCCCCCCCGCUUCGUGCAGCCCGAGCCCAAGGAGGCCAGGCCCGAGCCGCCGGCCGUCGCCCACAAGAGCUUCUCCGAGCUGCUGGAGGCCAGGUGCCUCGAGAGGGGAAUCACCUUCGUGCCCCUGGCGGGGAAGACCCGCGAGGGCCGCCCGCUCUACAGGAUCGGCGCGCUGCAGUGCUACGUCAUAAGGAACGUGAUCAUGUACUCCGAGGACGGCGGCCGCUCUUUCGCGCCGAUAGGGCUGGACCGGCUGCUGAACAUGGUCGACGAA